CAAAAUUUCAUACAGUUUCGGUUGGAUUGGUAAUUAUAGUGAGUUUUCGUGGAGGGCCUAAAUUCCAUUAAGUUUCGGUGGUAUUUCAAUUUCAGUAAAGUUUCGGUGGACCAGACAAACCCUAAAACCGUCGGAAACCCUUGUGUUCUCAACACAACGGCUAGGGCUGCUUCAAGUGGGAGAAAGUGAUUAUCGAUUGAAACAUUACGCAGUUGAUUUGCAGCUUAGAGAGAGAGAGGAGAGGUAAGAUCUUCAAUUCUUCUCCAUAAACAAUCAUUCCUUAUAAAAAUGGUUUGGUUUCAAUGUGAAGAUUGUGGAGAAAAUCUGAAGAAGCCAAAGUUACAGAACCAUUUCAGAAUCUGCUCAGCAAAGAAGCUAUCAUGCAUUGAUUGUGGGGUGAUAUUCACUCAGGCAACCGUUCAAGGCCACCAACAAUGUAUCACUGAAGCAGAGAAAUAUGGUCCGAAAGGUCAAGGAAAAGCUUCUACAAUCACAGCAAACAAGCCUAAAACCGAAUCUAAUCAGAAUUCUGAUGUUGAUAUAAAUGUCGGUUUAUCUUCUCGUCCACCAUGGUUUUGCAGCCUCUGUAACACCAAUGCAACGAGUAAUCAAGCACUGUCGCUCCAUGCUGAAGGGAAGAAACACAGAGCAAAAGCUCGAGCUUUUCAUGCUGCCAACCAAAAUACCAAACUAGCAGCAGAACCAAAACCCAAUGAGAAUGAACCUGUUGCCAAUGGUCAUGCGAAGUCAGAAUCAAGGUCUUGGUUUCCAAAAGUUGAAGAUCUUUCAAACACUAAGAGCCUAGAAUCUGAAAAAGAAAAAUUGUCCAAGGAAAAGAGGAAAAUGAAUAAGCCUCAUUCUGGAGGAGCUGAAGAUUUAGAGAAUGGAAAUGGAGAAUUAAACAAUGGAAAAAUGGUUGGUGGAAAUGAUGGAGGCCAAUCAUAUGACCCCCCCCAGAAGAGGAGAUGCAUUAGUGAUAGUUCAGCUAAAGUUGAUCAGAAUGGUGAUAGGAAGAGCAUUGGCGAAAUAAAGUGGAAAAAGCUGAUAACUUCUAUCCUGAAAUCGAGCCCCGAAGGAACUCUAAAGUUGCGGAAGCUGCGAAAACGUGUCCUAGAUUCCCUCAAGGAGUCUGGCAUCACCCAAGACAAAAGUAAACUCAAGGAGCUUUUCUCACAUAAGGUCUCUUCAAGUUCGUGGUUUAUUGUCAAUGGAGAUGUGGUGCAAUUGGCUCCAAAGAAUUGAGUGCUAAACAUAAAAAGUUUUGCUCUGAUGAGAUCCAGUGCUUUGGCUUUUGAGGCCCCAAAUUGUGGAACUAUGAGGAAAUGCAUUGAUAUAAUUUAAACCUCCUGUUUUGUGUUUUUUGUACAAUGAAUGGAAUGGUUUUGACGAGCCCUUCUUACUU